AUGUGGAAUUAUUAUGCUUCACGCACCGACUAUGUCUGUAAAGUCCACUGUGAACCUGGAUUCUACAGCCCGAGUAAAGGUUCAAGAUGUUUUUAUGCUUAUGGCGGAAAAGAGCAUUAUUCGUCUUCAUUUGACAUUUUGGUAAACCGGGACCAUUUUGAGUUUCUACAGUGGGUAUCGGGAAAAUAUGGUUCAAUUCCAUCAUUACCCAUCAGGUCCUGUGAAGGUUACGAUGCCUUUGUUGGUAAAAACAGGUAUGGCUUAGGUAAGGUGGUUCCAAAGCAUACCGCCUUCUUUUUGCCAUGGGAGGGUUAUGAGUACUUUUACAAGGAUUAUGAUGUCCUCUCCAUCAAACCAGGAUCUUACAGUCAGAAAAUCUCUAAUGUCAUCUAUGAUACUAAUCAGAUGAACUUUCUUGAACUACCUCCUGAUGUGCUGAGAGUAGCAUCUGUGGAUAACCACGAGUGCCAGAGUGCAAAGAAAAGUGUCACCCUAGUGGCAACAACCACGAAUGAGAAACGCUGGGGCAUCCAGCGUUCAACAAUGUAUGGAGUCUCUGUUACCAUCACUGCUGGAAUCCCUCAAUUGAUCUCUGGGUCUGUCAGUGUCUCCACAGAGAAAACGUUCACCACUACUUUGGGCGAAACCUCAAGCACGUCUGACAGUCACUCCUUGUCUGUUGAGGUAACUGUUCAACCCAAUCACUUCUGCAGAGUGAUGAUGGUAGGAAAGAAGGUGACCGCUGACAUUCCCUACACCGCCAGGCUGAGCCGCACUUACUGGAAUGGCAAGAUAGCAAGCACCACUGUUGUCGGCAAAUAUCAAGGAGUGAAGAUUGGGGAAGUGAAAGCUGUGAUCCAGCGAUGCGAACAAAUCCCCGACGCUCAACCCUGUCCAGCUGCAUGA